GAGUGACGUUACGCAGCAGCCCUCUGUUCAGAACGCCACACUGUACUACUUCAGCAUUGGAGAGCGCGGUGUAUUGUGAAACAAUACAGGGGUGGACGUUAAAUUCAUUACUCCAAUCCAAAAUAAGCAUUUUAACUACCCACUGCACCUUGGAGUCGAUGUCAGGAUAUAUGAGCACAGUUUGUGUUGAAAGUGCACAUACCUAACUAAACAAUAAUUAAUCACAAGCUUUCAAGAGUUGGGAGGUCUGUCUUCAGAUGAAAGUAGAAAAGCGAGGAUUAAGACCUCAUUUAAAAAAAACAACAUAUAAACAUAAUUUAGAUAUUUUAUUUAACAUCAUGUAAUCAAUGAAACUACAAAAUGUAUCGCAAAAGUCUACCACAAGCCAUAGUACAGUAUUUCAUCUUUUUUUUUUUGACGGAAAACUACAAAGCAGUAUGUAAUUCAAUAUGUUAACGCAACAUUAUUCAGCAGGUUUCAUUCGACUUAAUGAAGCAAAAAUUAGUUAUGAAACAGUUAUUGUCCUCUCUGAAGAAACUGACCGCGUCGUCUUCAUACUCUGGCGUUGGCCCUUUAAAUACAAACUCGUCAUUGUAAUGCGCCUUUUCCGUUUUUGCUGUAGCACGCGUGUGUUGCUGUUUGUAUUGGCGUAUUAAACUAUGUGGUAAAUUAUUUUCUACUUGUUUUUAUUUAAGAUAUAUUCGUUUCAUGUGUACCCUACUUGUAUGAAAACAAUGAACCGGAUUUUAAACUCGAAAUGGCUCGUGUCUGGAGUGUCCUUGACUCUAGGAACAGGCAUAGGCGCCGGCUUAGUGGGUUUUAAAAAAGCCAACGAGAGCCCUAGUAUUCGUGAACCAUUAAGCGACAUCUAUAACCGAAUCCCGAUUAUCCCGAUUCCGAAUGUGGACGCAGCAACGGACCUUAGCAAGUACCACACGGGUCAGGUCGGAACCGCAAGAGCCACGGAAAUCAUGAAGUACGGGUUUCCAGCCCUGACUCAUAUUAAGAACAGAGAAUCCUACGUUUUAUCUUAUGAUCCAAGGAACAGAACUGCGCAUUGGGUGAUAGAACAGCUGAAUAUCCCAAACCUGACGGGAGAGUCCGAUAGAAAGUGCAGCGAGUUUAAAGAGGAUGAUUCUGUCCACGUUUAUCACCGGGCCACGAACUGGGACUACAAAGGCAGUGGGUUCGAUAGGGGUCACCUAGCGGCAGCCGCAAACCACAAGUGGAACCAGAAAGCAAUGGACGAGACUUUCUACCUCAGCAACACAGCACCGCAGAAUCCUCAUUUGAAUCAAAAGGCGUGGAACGGCUUGGAGAAGUACUGCCGAAGCCUCACAAGGCACUACCAGAACGUGUUUUUGUGCACGGGCCCUCUUUAUUUGCCCAGGGAGCCGAUCUUGUUGUGUUGCAGGACGGAGGCGGACGGGAAGAUGUACGUGAAGUACCAGGUGAUCGGGAAGAACAACGUGGCGGUGCCCACCCACUUCUUCAAGGUGGUCAUCCUGGAGAAGCGGAGCGGCGAGGUGGAGCUGCGGUCCUACGUGAUGCCCAAUGCCCCGGUGGAUGAGAACACUCCGCUGGAGCGCUUCCUUGUGCCGGUCGAGAGCAUAGAGCGAGCCUCCGGGCUGCUGUUCGUGCCAAAUAUCAUGAAGAGGACCAGCAGCCUCCGGGCCAUCACCGCAGGGGGGAAAUGAGCAGGGAGGAUACCAAAAUAUUUCAACCUUUCACGGAACUACAUUAGGAAAGAUUUGAACAAAUUAACUUUUUUUUUUCCAACAUAUAAUUGAGUCCUAUGUAUGCAAUCUUGAAACAAUAUCGUAUUUGUCACGUCUGGUAAUGUUAAACAGCGUAAUGAAAGAUGGCACCCGCAUUUAAAAAAAUAACCUUAAAAAUUAGCAAACAAUUGCUCAAUGCAAAACUUACAUUAGUGAUCUGCACGGAGUAGAAAGUCACUGAACUUUAAUGGGAUUGCAUUGCAGGUGUAAUGUGCCUGUAAGCAGAAAUAUAUAUUUAGACGCACAGUCAAUUUAAAAAUGACUAUUGCAUUUAUUUCUUUAGUUAUCAACUGUGCAAGUUAUUAAUUUAUGUAACGUAUCUAAAACAAAAAUGCCAU